AUGGGUGAUAAUUUGGCCGCGUCCUCCUCUGCCCAACUUGUGGCAACCGUCAGGCAUGAAAACAUGCAACUUCAGAAGCAGUUGACGGAGGCUUGUCACGAAAAUCGCACCCUUCGGAAGCAGCUGUACCACCUGAGCGCCCUGCUUGACAUUGCGGUCAACAAGUUGGCAACGAAGGGUAUCACCUUGGAGACCCCUGUAGGUAUUCGCGAGUUACGUGCGGCCGUCUCUCGCCGUGACUUGAUUGACACAACAUCGGAAGUCAUCGAUGCAAACGAUCUUGGAUAUGAAAAUGUAACGAAGCAAAACUCUUCUAACCGCCGCUUUCAACUUCGUCGUGAGCUUCGGGAGCAUACGAGGCCCGUUCAGUGCGCGGCCUUUGCUCCAGGCGACCGGCCCAUCCUCGCCACGGGUGGGCUUGACUGUCAUCUUAUUUUACAGGAUUUUUUGACAGGGGAGAAGUUGUGCGACAUUAAAGGACAUGAACAAAACAUUGCGGACGUGGCAUGGUUUGAGGGAAGUGGAGACCUCCUGUCCGCAUCGUUUGACAACACUGUCAAGGUGUGGGACACUCGUCAGGCAAGCGGCAGUCUGGCGCCCAGUUACCAAUUUACAGCGAGUGGGUUUGUUUUGGCGGCGGUCCCAUUGGACAAGGCUUUUGUAUUUGCAUGUACGGAUUCAAAGAGACGCACCUCCAUACUGGACCUGCGGGUUCAAAAGCCCAUAUCAUGGGAACACGAUGUGCGAGCCAAUGCUUUGGCAUUUAAUAGUUACAGGGCAAAUCUGAUUACCGGACACAACAAUGGUACCAUAUCCGUAUGGGAUCUGCGUAAGAUUGGCCUUGCUCUCUCCUCGACACCUUCGAUGGAAGAAGGGAAAACAACGAGUAGCGUGCCGGUAAAUUCAUCGGCAUCGGUUGAGGAAUCUCCUGCAGUGUCUGUUCCACGUGUUUCUAUGAUUGAGAAUGAGCCGUCGCGGAGCGCCAUUACGUAUCUUGGUUACUAUCAUAAUAGGGAUGACUCCAGGCGGCUCCUGGUGGUGUCUGCCGACAAUAUGGUACGGUUGUACCGAGGGGCCAGUCUAAACGCAUCCUCCAGUGAUGCCAUUUCACUUCGAAAUAUUGUUGGAGGAGUUCCAACUCGUGGAUUUACCGUUAAGGCGGCAUUUUGGAAGGGUGUGAGGAAGAAGACAAACGUGUCUGCUUUUUUUGAUGAUGGCGAGCGGGAAAAUGAUCCACAGUCACGCCGAUUGACGGAAUGUGAUCUUUUGGUGACCCCUGGUGCAGAGAACACAGCUUGCAUUUAUGAUGUCACAGAAGAGGGUGGAGCCAUAUUAGUAGAAAAACUUGAAGGUCACCGGGAACGCGUUGUCGGUGCCGCAGUUCACCAUGCAGACAGUAAGCCCAUCAUUGCCACUUACAGUGCUGAUAACACCGUGAAAAUGUGGGCCCCAGUGAAGAGCUAG